UGGGGAGAGCUGCAUCCUGGCCGAGCAGUGUGGCUGUUAUGACAACGGACGCAGCUACAAGCCAGCGGAAGUGGUGUACGAUGACGACUGCAAGCAGGUGUGCACGUGUGAUGCCGUUAAAGGCCUGAGCUGCCAGGCCCACACUUGUCCCAGUGGAACCGAGUGCCUUGUCAGGAAGGGGGUCAGGGCGUGCUUCAAUACAGAUCCUUGCAAGGACGCCAAGUGCCGUGUGAAAGAGACGUGCCAGGUAGAGAAGGGCGAAGCUGUGUGUGUACCCCAAUACACCGGCACCUGCUGGGCCUGGGGUGACCCCCACUACCACACCUUCGACGGGUUCAACUAUAACUUCCAGGGCACCUGCAAGUACACUAUCUCCAAGACCUGUGGUGACGUGGCGGGCCUGGUGCCCUUCUCCAUAGAGGAGAGGAAUGACAACCGUGGCAGCACCGCCGUCUCCUUCGUCAGGGAGGUGGACGUGACUGUGUACGGCUACACUUUCACCAUGAUCAAGUAUCAAUGGGGCCGAAUCAUGGUAAAUAACGAGGUACAGAACCUCCCCGUGGAAAUGGGAUCGAAUCUGGUGACGGUGAUCUACUCCAAUAACAUGGCGGUGCUGCAGACGAACUUCGGCCUGCGCGUUUCCUAUGACUGGAACUCCAGGCUGCUCAUCCAGCUUCCCAGCAGUUACUAUGGCAGCGUGUGUGGGCUGUGCGGCGACUUCAAUGGCAAUUCCAAGGACGAGCUCCGCAACCCCGCCGGGAAAGCCGUCCCCUCCAUCCUCGACUGGACCAAGAGCUGGAGGGUGCCGGACCCCCAGGACCCCAACUGCUCUGACGACUGUCAGGAGGGCUGCCCCACCUGCGAUGGUAAACUCAGGAAGCAGUACGAGACGGAGGACUACUGCGGGGCCCUCACCAAGGCGGACAGCGUCUUCCAGCAGUGCCACGACAAGGUGGACCCAAAGGCCUUCAUGGAGAAUUGCGCCUAUGACAUGUGCCUCCUCAAGGGCGACAAGCAGAUGCUGUGCCAGGCACUCACCUCUUACAGCGAGAUGUGCCUGAAGGAGGGCAUCGUCCUGAAGGGCUGGAGGAACAAGUUUGGCUGCCCUAUGAGUUGCCAGCCCCACAGUCAUUACGAGGCCUGUGCCAGCCCCUGCCCCUUAACCUGCCCGAUCACGGAGCAGGACAGUCCGGUCUGCUUGGCGGUAUGCUCUGAGGGCUGUGUGUGCGACAAAGGCUACGCCCUGAGCGCUGGCAAGUGCGUGCCAGCCAAGGAGUGCGGCUGCUCCUACCAAGGGCGCUACUAUGAACCCGGUCAGAGCUUCUGGGGCGAUGAGGGCUGCCAACAGCUGUGCAUGUGUGACCAGGACCUGGGCAUGGUGGUGUGCCGCCAGGCGGGCUGCAAGGCCACCGAACGCUGCACAGUGGAGGACGGAGUUCGCGCCUGCCGCCCACUCAGCUACUCCACCUGCGUUGCCUCCGGAGAUCCCCAUUACCGCACCUUCGAUGGCCGACGCUUCAACUUCCAGGGCACCUGCGUCUACCAGCUGGUGGCGCUGUGCUCCAAAGACCCAAGCCUCACAGCCUUUGAGGUGACGGUGCAGAACGACCACCGGAAGAGCGAGGCAGUAUCCUUCACCAAGGUGGUGACGGUGCAGGUGUACGGCAUUACCAUCACGAUCAGCAGGGAUUACCGUUUCCAGAUCAUGGUGGAUGGCCAGUUCACCUCCAUGCCAUUCCAGUAUGAAGACAAGUUGGUGGUGUUCCGCAGCUGCCGGACAGCUGUGGUGGAGACGGCGUUCGGCAUGCGGGUGACCUUCAACUGGAACAGCGUGGUGACCGUCACCCUCCCCAACACCUACCAAGGUGCCGUCUGUGGCCUCUGUGGCAACUACAACCAGAACCCUAGCGACGAUGGAACACAGCGCGAUGGGAAGGCAGCAGCGAGCGGGUCCCAGCUUGGGGAGAGCUGGAGGGUGGACGUGGUCCCUGGAUGCACCUCCGGCUGCACAGGGCCCGAGUGCAAGGACUGCUCCGCCUCCCAAAUCGACGCCUACCGGGCCCAACGCUACUGCGGAAUCAUCGCCGACAAGACUGGGCCCUUCCGUGACUGCCACGCUCGAGUGGACCCCGCCCCUUACCUGGAGGACUGCGCGUUCGACGCCUGCCAUUUUGAGGAACGCGAUGAUGUUAUCUGCGAGGCUGUUGCUGCUUACGUGUCCGCCUGUCAGAAUGAGGGUGUGGCCAUCCAGUCCUGGAGGAGUAGCUCUUUCUGCCCGGUCUCCUGCCCCAAAAACAGCCACUACGAGCUCUGUUCCUCGGGCUGCCCCGCCACCUGCGCCAUCAUGUCCGCGGCCGCCCGCUGCCACCUGCCCUGCCAGGAGGGCUGCCAGUGCGACGAGGGGCACCUGCUGAGCGGGGAUGCCUGUGUUCCCGUGGCCGAGUGCGGCUGCUCCUAUGGCGGGCGCUACUACAAGCAGCGUGCGGUGUUCUACACCGACAAGUGCCAGGAGCAGUGCAAGUGCGGAGAGAACGGCGCCGUCGAGUGCCAGACGUUCAAGUGCGGCCCCGGGGAGGCCUGCAAGGUGGUGGGCGGAGUCAACGGGUGCUAUCCAGUGGGUGGGAGAAAGUGCGUGGCCUCCGGUGACCCUCACUACGUCUCCUUGGACGGGCGGCACUUCGACUUCCAGGGCGCAUGCGCCUACACUCUGACCAAGGUGUGUGACAAGAGCGACAAGCAGCUGGUCUCCUUCGCUGUGGACCAGAGCACCGAGAAACGUGCCAAUGGAAGGGUGUCCGUCACCAAGGCGGUGGCCGUGGCGGUCUACGGCUACGUCAUCACCAUUGAGCACGGCGUGCGAACGAAAGUGAUUGUCAAUAACACGAAGAAGAGCCUGCCACUGUCUCUGGACGAGGGCCGCAUCACCGUGAACAAGGACCGCAGCAACAUCAUUGUGAGCACGGACUUUGGUCUGCGGGUGCUGUACAACGCCAUGUACUAUGUGGAGGUGGUGGUGCCCUCCGCCUACGAAGGAAAGAUGUGCGGCCUGUGCGGCAACUACAACGACGACCACAUGGACGACUUCCUGUUGCCGAGCGGCGAGGAGACGGGCGACGUGGACGAUUUUGGCAAUGCCUGGACCAUUUCAUCUGACGAUAAACCUGAAUGCAGUCAAGCUGGAAAAAAGGGCAAGUGAGACCAACAUGGAUAACCCGGCUUUCAGAACCACCCACAUCUGACAUCACCGACUAAGCCGCCUCCCCUUUAUAAUAUUGCUUUCCUAAUUAAUUUUUUCUUGCAAAGCAGUAGCCUUGUCACCUUUUCAGUCUAUUUUGGUCCCCC